AUGGGGUUUCUUGGUGUUUACAGAGCACUCUAUGACUAUGCGCCCCAAGGCGAAGGGGAGCUUGCCAUUAGCGAAGGUGACCUGCUUUACAUCUUAGAGAAGAGCGAAGAGGAUGAUUGGUGGAAGGCCAAGAAGAAGGCCGGGCCGGAAGAAGAUGAAGAACCCGUUGGCCUUGUCCCAAGCAAUUAUGUUGAAGAGGCCCAAGCUACCGGCCAGGCGCGGUCUAUGUACGAGUACACAAGGCAGACGGACGAGGAGCUUUCUUUCCCCGAGGAUGCCAACCUAGCGGUUUUCGAUACGUCCGAUCCCGAUUGGAUUUUAGUCGGUCUCGACGGCGACUUCGGCUUUGCCCCGUCAAACUACAUUGAGCUCGAUAGCAGUACUGGAGAUAACACGCGAGAACCAACGCCCCCCCCACCUUCGCUGCCUGCCCGGCCUACUUCUACAGUCACACCCGGUUCACCCGACCAGGCACCGGUUCCGGAAUUGAAACCUGAUCGAGGCACUAGCCUGAUAGCGGAUGGCCCGGCAGCAGCACUCGCCAGUGUUAUUCAGUCACGCGAUCCCGGAGCUCGAGCUUCGUCCCCGCCACCACCACAAUUACCGAGCCGUGUCCCUACAAGGUCGGAGAGUCCUGAGAGUAUCAGGAGCCCAACCUUGCCUACUCGACCCAAGACAGAAGUGUCAACGAGACCUCGGGAAGUUACAACACUGGUCACCCCCACCUUCCCAGAUAUACAAAGACCGCGCGACGAUGUAGCACACUCUACCUCAUCAUCUAGAGCCCCAGGCGGGUUUCACAUGUACAAUGUGAAUGAGAUGGUAUCCGUCAUGGGCAAGAGGAAAAAGAUGCCGACAACCCUCGGGAUCAAUAUCAGGGCUAAAACGAUUUUGAUAGCUCCAGAACACGUCAAGGAUGGACCUUCCCAAGAAUGGUCGGGAAACAAAAUGACCCAUUAUUCUCGGGAAGGAAAACACGUCUUUUUGGAACUAGUGCGCCCCAGCAAGAGUGUGGAUUUCCACGCCGGUGCUAAAGACACGGCCGAGGAAAUCGUGGCAGCCUUGGGCGAACUAGCCGCCGCUGUUAGGGCGGAUGACUUACCGGCCGCCCUCCUGUCACCGACUGGACAGGCUCAAAAGACGGGCCAAGUGCUCUAUGAUUUCAUGGCCCAGGGAGACGACGAAGUUACUGUGAAUACCGGGGACGAUGUCGUCAUUCUAGAUGAUACGAAGAGCGAAGAAUGGUGGCAAGUACGAAGUAUGAGAACCGGAAAGGAAGGUGUGGUUCCAAGCAGCUAUAUUGAAGUGACAGGCUUUACGUCUAGCGUCUCGGAGUUCCACGGAGUCGCUGCAGGGAUGUCAAGUGUCGAGCAAAAUAGGCUGGAGGAAAUUAGACUGACCAAAGAGGCUGUGAGGGCACAGGCCAGGGAACAAUCACCUCAGGUAGGGCCAGGAAUGCCCCUGCCUGAAAGGGGCAGCAGUCUCUCGGCAAAUGAACAUUAUGGUAAUUCUUCUCAGCAGAGGAACAAACGCGAAGGUGGUAGAGAUGGCUCCGGCCAACAACAGAAGGCAUCUAAAUCCAGUAUGUCACGAAGAGCUCACUCCGUGGGCGUAGGCACAAACGCGGAUAAUCCAAUCGCUGACGAUCUACUAGAACCCGACCCUUCCAAAGUACGCACAUGGACAGACCGGUCGAAAUCGUUCAGUGUCGAGGCCCAGUUUCUAGGGAUCAAGGAUGGGAAAAUCAACCUCCACAAGGUCAAUGGCGUCAAAAUCGCAGUCCCUGUGGAGAAGAUGUCACACGAGGACUUGGAAUUCGUGGAACGCUUCACCGGGGGUUCUCUCGGAACCAGGGGCCCCAACGGCCGCAGGUCGAGAUCCGACGGCGAGGGUGGAAGAAGCGCAAACUCCAAAUUAGGAGCGACCAUAGAACAGCGGAAGCCGGAUUUCGAUUGGUUCCAAUUUUUCCUGGACUGCGACGUGAACGUGGGACUCUGCGAGCGAUAUGCCCAGGCCUUCGUCAAAGAGUCUAUGGAUGAGAGUAUCUUGUCUGAUGUUGAUUCGACGGUGCUCAGAACAUUGGGCUUGCGAGAAGGCGAUAUCAUUAAAGUAAUGAGGUCACUCGACUCGAAGUUUGGCAGGUCGGGAAAGAAGGAAUCGGGCGAGCCGGAUACUAACGGGCAAGGCGGUCUGUUCUCCGGCCCCGGCGGCACGCUUCGUAAUAACACCAGAAAGAGCCGACCUGCACCUGCUGUCCAAACCGGAGAUGUUGUCGACCCAAUGGCAUUUUCUCAGACCGAGCCUGCGACGGGUGCGGAAGUGAAGUCUUCAACGCCUACUGCUACUGCGAGCAGUCCCGGAUCGCAGACAACGAAACCCAGGGCCGAGGGCUUUGACGAUGAUGCCUGGGAUGUCAAGCCGGCAAGACAGCAGGCCGGACCCUCACCUACGCCAGCGGUAGCCCCUCCGGAGAAACCCAAUACUACACAAGACGCGUCCCGCUCGGGAGCUAUCACGGGAUCCAUGCAAGAAUUGUCUCUUUUAACCUUGCCACUAAAGCCCACCCCGGCGCCAGCGUCCACCGCGGUUGCUGAUGCCGGAACCUCGGGAGCGACCGUGAUACCGGCUCAGCCGCAGUCCCCUCCCCAGCUCCCAGGAGCCAGUCCUUCAUUUUUCACCACCCUGAGUUCGGUACCGGAGUCGCAGCCCGGCCCGCCGCGACAGCGUCCACAGCCUCCCCAAGUCGCUGUUGGCCAGGGGCCCCUUGCCCCUCCUCCGCCGACCCGUCCACUUUCCGCACCCCAGGCUGCGCAGCCAAGUGCAUUCAACCCUCCUCCCUUAAUGCCUCAAAUGACUGGCUCCGUCCAUCCUGCACUCCAGGGCCAGGUCGCCCCCCCAGGACAGAGUCUUAGCGAAAUCGAUCAGGCCCGACUGCGUGAUCAGUAUCUUCGGCAAAUCCAGGCCACCACCCAGCUACCUCCUUAUGGUGUGCAGGGCAUGACUCCAGGUCUAGUACCUCUUGCCACCGGGAUCCAGGGCCCGUUGACGCAAACAAUCGUGCCAGGUGCGAUGCCAACCCCUGGACCAUACGGACCUCUCCAACAGCAACAACCCGGAAACUUCAGCACCGCAUUCCCGGCACAACAGCAGUUCCCGGGCCCGCGGGCUCCUAGUCUGAACACAUUCCUUCCCCCCCCGCUCGAGCCUCAGAGGACCGGCAUGCCUAUCACACCAGGGCCAGUCGUAACACCAGGGCCAGUCGUAACACCAGCGCCCCUCAUCCCUCAACAAACUGGCCCGGCGCCACCUGUCCGGUUUGGCGUUCAAGGAAAUGCCCCUCGUCUAGCACCGCAACCCACUGGCCGCAGAGCGAACCUUGCUCAUGCAACUCCGGAUAAUCCGUUCGGUUUCUAG